AUGCGUAGUGCGGACCCAUCCCGACGUGUCAUCCCUGGCCCUAUCAUUCUCAAAUCACCCAAUCCCUGCUGGAAAUUCCUCCAAGGGCGGUAUUGUCCAGAGGAGCUGUGCCACUAUCAGCAUGGCCCGCGCUUAGUUCUCAACCGUCGUGGGAACCGUGGCUCGCCAUCCAGGUAUGGUCCGACUGCCUGUGUAUACUUUGCAAAGGGAUUUUGUAAGAACGGCACCAGCUGCAACUUUGCGCAUAUAACUCCUCCUUCCAUAAUCCGAGGGUCUUACCCAAUUGGCGAACUUCAGGGCUCAGUCGAUUGUGCAGUUCCCCAGGCACCAUAUCCAUAUCCUAGCCCACCGUUCGAUGAAAUGGGCAUCCCGGAAGUGUCAAGUGGCGCAAUGACGCAUCCAUACACAGGUUCGAACAGCCCGGGGCAGUUUUCGCUACACGAACAACCCUUGCUUCUUGCUACAAGUAAACCUACAGUCGUGGAGCGACAGCCCGAUAGUGCAAGUCCUCAGCCACACCCCGAUAGCCUUACUGCGGAUGUGGAGGUCGCGAGCGAUUCAACUGGGACCGUCACUCCAUUCAUACUAGCAAAAGACUCGCCCACCCCUCCACGUAUUCUUCCUGACCAGGUGAAAAGUACUUCUCCGACGCCGGCGCAUGAUUCGAACGCCAUAGUGAUUGGCAUGGAUAUCACAUCGAUAUGGGAUGAGGUUGGGAGCCUUGACGAGGAGGAUUUCGUAUCUCGUCAUACGCCGUAUAUUGAUAGGAAUCACCACGCUCCGCAAGUGUACGAUGAUAAGACCGUGCGCGUUCUUUCUGGCGGCGUGCUGCUGGGCAUACCCGGAACUUCUGAACAACCCCCUCCGCCGCCGACAAUCUCCGAAGUGUCUUCACAUCCUGUUCAAAUACCUCCCCUUUCAAAGAGCUCAUCAGUCGCCUCUGUGCCUUCUCUGAUCGUAUCCUGUGAGGGAUCAUCAGUGAAGAACGAUGAUGCAGACACUUUAUAUUCUCCUCUGGAUUGGGAUAGUGGCGCUCAAUCACCGGCGGUCUGGAGAGACGGAGACGCCCAAGGCAGCUCUAUUUCUGAUGGGUGCAACUGUACUGAAGAUAUGGGCGCGGACAUGUCACACACCUCUAGGGCCUCUCCUUUUGCUGGGAAGCCCCUAUACCGGUUUCCAGAAGCGCUUGAUUAUUCAGUCGACGCUUCCCACCAGGGACCGAAUUCCUCCAGCAAUGGAAAGCAACCAUCAUCAUCACAAAUACUCCCACUCUCACUCACGCCAACGCCGCAAAAGACGAGUCGAAGGCAGAGAGCUAAGAUGGCACGCGAGUUGGUCGAAUUGGCUACCGGAGCUGAAGCCAUUCAACCUCAAGAAUGCUCAAGAAUAACUUUGGCAAAUGAUGCGACGGAAACAGACAGUUGCCCCAGUGCUAGCCACGUGGAGAGCAUCAUCGAUGCUCGUCGCCGCAGUUCCUCGUUCGUGGAGGCUGGCGUUGACGCCAGCGCUUUGAAACUUCUGACCAGAAAGGAGAAGGAACUGUUGAACUCCCAGGGCAUGCACCGGCGUGUCCCAUCAAUUUAG